AUGCCAUUUGUUGCACUCCUCUACACGGCGCAAACGAGGUUUGUAAAAAGCCUAGCGGGCAAGGUUGAGUGGAUAAUAAAAAAUUUGAUUGAUUUCGUGGUUACCAAUGACGAUGAAGAAAGCACAGAAGCUGAGGAUGAGAGAAGCUCGGAAGAGAUUCGCAAUGAUCCACAGGGCUCCAAAUCGCUUUUCCCAAAGUUAGGCAAUGUUGAUGGGUCGCUCGGUGUGGGAUCUUCCGCUGUUCCAUGCUCCUUAGAUUUCUCGACACUUCAAAACCCCUUGUCGAUGCUCAAGACUCCCAGUGGACAUUUUGAAUGGCAGCUGACAGACUCCUCAACGGGAGUCCGUGGGGCCAAGACAGGUCUGCAGCCUAUUUCUCCAGAAAGCAGUGCCAAAACGGAGGACGAAGACAAGGAACCUAUUGACCAGGAGGCCAAAAAAUAUGUCUGUCACUACUGCAGUGCUGAAUUCAGCAUCAGAGGAUACUUGACGCGGCACAUUAAAAAGCAUGCUGUGGAGAAAGCUUUUCAUUGCCCUUAUUACAACUGUAAUUUAAUCAAAGAAGAGCGUUGUCACAGAAAUGGUGGAUUCUCUAGACGCGACACGUACAAGACUCACUUGAGGUCAAGACAUUUUGUCUAUCCUAAAGGUGUGAAAAGUAAAUACAAAGCGAAAAGCUCCGGUAAAUGUGCCCAUUGUGAUGCUCACUUCGAGAGCAGCAACGAAUGGAUAAAGAAACAUGUGGAGACUGGUGAAUGUAAGGGCCUCCCCGAUGGUUUCAAAGUCGCAGUGAAGACUGGGCGCAGAACAGGCAAAUUGAAGAUGAUAACAACCUCUAAUGGACACUCACGAUUCAUUUCCACCGACCAAAGUGCCAUACAGGCAAAUGCUUUGAAAAUCGAAGAAGAUCUCGAGACCACCGUUUCGAUAGCCCACGACUUGAAACGAUUUCAAUCGGAAGCAUCGAAAUCUGGCCUUGUAACGGCUGGGGGCAGCCAAGUAGCUCUAAACGCCGAAAUCUCAAAAAACGAAGUAGCAUUUAGUCGGAGAGGAAACGAAGGCCAAGAAGCCCCUCGAAAAUUUUACGGUUCAAGUCCUCUUGAAGGACAACAAGUACAGAAGCAAUACUCUUUGCCUCAAUAUGCGUUUAGUUACGUCACACCUUCGAAAGAGACGUCUCUAGACGAGGCCUGCUUUUCAGUGGACCCUUCGCCUACCGAGGAUGCAGGACUCGAGGCGGUGAACUCAUCAUCAUCAGCAUCUUCGCGUAUUUCUUACCAAGAAAAUCAGGCCAAGAUAUCUACUAUGAGCAACAACAAUACCAUGCUCUAUUCCUCAGAGCCUGUUGACGCUCAAGACAUUUAUUUCCAUUUUCCACUUGACCUUGAUCAAUCUCCUAUGUGCAAUGUGCUUCCGAAUCCAACUGCCACAAAACAAAGCGACAGCUAUGACAGCAAAACUGUCAAAGGGGGGGUGCCGUUCGCGGACAUUUUAGAGAAGCAAAUGGAAGCUUAUGCUCUCAAUGAAAGGAAUCUGCGGGAGAAUCAGCAGUAUCUGAACUUUUACAACAACACGUUCAACUCUCACCUAUGA